UCUUCAUACGUUGCUGUCGUCGCGAUCGAUUUCGGAACAACCUACAGUGGUUUUGCUUUCUCGUUUAUUAAGGAUCAUGGCAAAGAUUCGAUCUUUAUGAACAGGGACUGGGCGAAUGAACAAGGGGGUCGCACCAGCAAAACACCAACUUGUCUGCUACUGAAUUCCGACCUGUCAUUUGAUUCGUUUGGAUACGAAGCGGUUGAAAAGUACGCAGGUAUUCAGGAGGAAUGCCAUGAGGGUGAAUACCUGUUUUUUCAGCAUUUCAAAAUGGAUCUUCACAAUGACAAGACCAUCAAUACAGAAACAUCUAUCAAAGCUGUCAACGGGCGCCUUGUCAAAGCCAAGACAGUAUUUGCCUAUUCAAUUAGGUUUUUAAAGGAAGAGGCCAUUAAAGUAAUUUGUCAGCGGACUGGAGAUGAACAUUUCAGGGCAAAUGAUAUCCAGUGGGUUCUGACCGUCCCAGCAAUAUGGACUCCAAAAGCUAAACAGUUCAUGAGAGAAGCAGCUUAUGAGGCUGGUUUGGGGUCGCCUGACAAUCCAGAGCAGGUAAUGAUUGCUCUUGAACCCGAAGCUGCCGCAAUUUGCUGUCUGGAAAAGAACAUGAGCGAAUUCCAAUCAGAGACCGGUAGCAGCUCGGUAGAAGGACUUCUGUGUCAACCAAAUACACAUUACAUGGUUGUUGAUAUUGGAGGAGGCACCCUUGACGUCACAGUACACGCCAAACAGGACGACGGUAACAUCAAAGAGAUCCACAAGGUGACAGGAGGUCCAUACGGUGGAAUAAAGGUGAAUCAACAAUUUGAAGCACUUUUGGAUGAGCUGCUCGAUGCGCGGGAGCUUCAAACCUACCGGAAACAGUAUUCAUCUGAUUGGCUCUGUCUGAUGAACGAGUUCGAGGGCAAGAAGAAGGGAGAACGCAUCUUAGACAGCACACUGAUGACAAACAUCCGUUUACCACGCAGUUUUGUGUCCCUGGCAAAUCAGUGCUGGAGAUCACGCUACGGUGAGAAAGAUAUUAAACUGAAAAAUAAUAAGUAUCUCGCUCUCAGUUCAGCAGUAAUGAUAAAGUUGUUUCUUCCGGUAAUUGAGGACAUUAAGCAACAUUUGAGAUCCCUGCUGAGAAAUCCACAGCUGUCAAGGGUGAAAACAAUGCUUCUGGUUGGAGGGUUUGCCGAUUCUGCUCUUCUUCAGAAAAAAAUGAAGAGUGAGUUUUCUAGGAAGUCCAGGGUGCUCAUCCCCAAUCAUGCAGCCAUUGCAGUCGUUCAAGGUGCCGCCAUGUUUGGCAAGAAACCUUCGAAAAUAACCGAAAGAGUGGUGCGCUCAACUUAUGGGGCGGAAUGUUCGCGGAAUUUUAUCCAAGGCGUUCAUCGUGAACAACAUAAGUUUGUUACGGAUGGCAUUGAGAUGUGUAACAAUCUGUUCAGCCUAUUUGUGAGAGUGAAUGACACAGUACGAACUGGUCAGAAAAUUACAAGAAAUUACACUCUACUUCGUGCAAGCGACGUCAACAUAGCAUGUGACUUAUAUGCUACUAGCAAUCCUGAUGCCGAAUAUGUCACAGACCCUGGAAUGACGAAGAUUGGUAGUGUUACGGUUCAGUCCCCCGACACUUGGAGAGGUAAAGAUAGAAACAUUGAAGUCAGCUUGUAUUUUGGUAGAACGGAAAUAACUGCCACAGCAAAAGAUAUCUCAAGCGGGAACGUAGCUCGAAUCAUACUUGACUUUUUACAUGUGUCCAGGGUGCUCAUCCCCAAUCAUGCAGCCAUUGCAGUCGUUCAAGGUGCCGCCAUGUUUGGCAAGAAGCCUUCGAAAAUAACCGAAAGAGUGGUCCGCACAACUUAUGGGGCGGCUUGUGCGCGGGAUUUUAUUGAAGGCGUUCAUCGUGAAGAAGAGAAGUUUGUUGUGGAUGGCAUUGAGAAGUGUAACCAUUUGUUCCAACUUUUCGUGAGAGAGAAUGACAGAGUACGGCCUGGUCAGAAAAUCACAAUUGAUUACACUCUACUUCGCGCUACCGACAUCAACAUUGAACUGAGCUUUUAUGCUACUAGUAAUCCUGAUGAGGAAUAUGUCACGGACCCCGGAAUGACGAAGAUUGGCGGUGUUGCGGUUCAGUCUCCCGACACUUGGAAAGAUAACCAAGAAGAAACGUUAGGGCAAGCAAGGAAGGAGGUCAUUCAAGCAAAACUUCUCCGUGAUGUUAUCGACGUACUAAAAGGCAACCGGGAAGCUUUGUGUCACCUACCAGAAAUGCUUGAACAAUUAAGUGAGAUGCCUGAAGCGAUUCCCAAAGUGGAAAAGGCAACAAACACUCUGGACGAAUACAGAAGUGAAGAAGACAAGGUGAUACUAGCACGGAAGGAAAAGGAAGAUUUGGAUAAAAAAGUCAAAUCUCUAUUAGAAGAUAACGAUGUAAAAGCAAAACGUCUGGUUGGGGGAUUUGCAGAGUCCGUGUUACUCCAGGACGCCAUUAAAAAGCAAUUUAGCAGUCAGUUCACCAUCCUUGUCCCUAGCAAUGCCGGGAUUGCGGUUGUUCAGGGAGCGGUAAUGUUUGGUCAAAGACCUGGCGUCAUUGCUUCCCGGCAAAUGUCCACUACUUAUGGUAUCGAGGUUUACCGUCUGUUUGAUGCCAGUAUUCAUCCCAUCGACAAAAAGGAAGACGUGGAAGGAGUCAGUUGCUGUAAGGACUGCCUUGAUGUUCUCGUCAAGGAGGGUGAAGUCGUUCAAGUUGAAGAAAAGAGGCAUUUCACCUACGCACCCACAACAAGCAACCAAAACGAGAUUGAGGUAAAAUUUUACACCUCUAAAGUCCCGGAUGCAAAGUUCGUAACAGACCCAGGAGUUGGUCCGUCUAUAGGGAAGAUAACAGUUUCUUCACCCGACAUCUCAAGGGGAAAGGAUCGGAAAAUCAGCGUUUGCUUGUAUUUUGGAGGUACAGAGAUCAAGGUCACUGUAAUUGAUGUUGCGAGCGAGAACACUGAAACGGCUCACCUAGAUUUUUUGUACAAACAUGAUUAAAAACAUGAGCGUGAACAAAUAGGUUCUGAAGCUAAGGAACAUUUGAUUUCCUGGUCGCUUGGCAGAGUCAAUAGUUUCACUAUAUAGUGCAGCUAUUUUGCAUGUAUCGCAGUUCAUAUAAUAACUUCAAUUUUCUUGAAAUAACUGCUAGAUACCGGCCCAAUACGUUCUAUCAAUUGUUAAAGUUCUUUAAAAUAUAAUAACAGGCAUUGCGCGAUGACAUCAGUUAGAGCUGUUGGAAUAAAUAAAACGCUUGUUGUAAUAAGGGCAAAGAGCAGCAUUUGAAGUUAGCAAUUCCCUUAUAAUUAUCCUACUACAUGUAAUCCAUUUUUGGGAGUGUUAAUUUAUGCCGAAGAGCAUGAAAUUUUGG